UGCAUUACUCGCAUCGAACCAUUGUUGAGCUAUGCAAGAACAUUCCCAAAAAGGAAAGUCUGGGAUAGCCCAUCGGUCCACCAUGAAAGCGGGGUAUCCAGAUAGCUGCCUAUCAGUAGAAUUAAUAAUCAUUACUUUACGUACAUAAUAAACAGUGGAGGUUUCUAUUACUUAUCGCCUCUUUCUUGGCGUCUGGACUGCAAACCCCGCCUUUGAUAUGAUUCUGCUUGUGCAUAACAUGGAGGAGGGGAGCUAAUCAAGACACAUUUAAACCUGCUGCCCUUAUCUCGUAUUAUUAAGUAAUAUCUGUAGUUCCUCACGCGUAUAAAACCGGGGUCAACCGCUAUCAGGCGAGAAUGGGCGAUUGAUUGAUUCUUCACCAAAUAAAAUUGCACAAGUUUCUUCUUCUUUCCUUUCUGUGAAAUGGCUGAAUGGGAAAAGAUAGCUGCUGACAAGCGCGUUCGUCUCGAGAAGACCAUCCCGCCAGAAUGGAAACUCAAGGGUAUACCAGACAGCGACUCGUUCCUGGUCGUGCCGGCGCAAACGGGCAUUUUGUCUGACGCUGAGUUGGCGAUUACGGAGUCGUCGGCAACAGACCUGGUGGCCAAACUGGCGAGUGGAGAGCUUAAGGCUGUGGAUGUGACGCUGGCUUUUUGUAAACGGGCGGCGAUUGCGCAUCAGUUGGUGAAUUGCAGUCUCGAGUUCUUUCCUGAAUUGGCACUGGCUCAGGCCAGAGAUUUAGAUGUCUACUGGGAACAGAACAAGAAACCCGUUGGUCCGCUCCAUGGCCUGCCGAUCUCGCUCAAAGACCAGUUUCGCGUCAAGGGCCUGGAGACGUCUAUGGGCUAUAUCUCAUGGCUGAACAAGUACGAAACCGACGAAUCAGUCAUGGUAACCCUCCUCCGCAAAGCCGGGGCCGUAUUCUACGUCAAAACCAGCGUUCCGCAGACGCUAAUGUGCUGCGAAACAAUCAACAAUAUCAUCGGCCGAACCCUUAAUCCGCGGAACAAGAACUGGUCUUGUGGCGGCAGUUCAGGUGGUGAGGGGGCGAUGGUUGGUGGCUCGAUUCGGGUUCCUUCUGCAUUCAAUUUCCUGUAUGGUAUUCGUCCAAGUCAUGGAAGAAUGCCGUAUGCUAGGAUGGCGAAUAGUAUGGAAGGUCAGGAAACUGUGCAUAGUGUGACAGGACCAAUUGCGCAUUCUGCUGCUGACAUCAGACUGUUCCUCACAUCGAUUCUGAGCGAAGAGCCCUGGAAAUACGAUUCGAAAGUCAUCCCUCUAGAAUGGAGGGCCCAUGAAGAAGCCAUUAUCAAAAACAAGCUCCAGUCCGGCGGACUUACUAUCGGCUUCUACAACUGCGACGGGGUCGUUCUUCCCCACCCCCCAAUCCUUCGAGGAGUCGAAACGGUCGUGUCCACACUCAAAAAGAACGGCCAUGAAGUCGUCGAGUGGCCACCCUACAAACACGACUACGCUGUUGACUUGAUCUCCGCCAUCUACACCUCCGACGGCGGCGCCGACGUCCGACGUGAUAUCAGCGCAUCCGGCGAGCCCGUAAUAUCCAACAUCACAGACCUUCUAGACCCUAGCAUCCAAGCCGUAGACAUGGUCCAACUGUGGGAUGUACAGCUGCAGAAAUGGCGGUAUCAGUCCGAAUACCUCGAGAAAUGGCGGGAGAUGGAGGUGAAACUUGGCAAGGAGCUUGACGCCAUUAUUGCGCCUGUCACUGCUACGGCUGCGGUUCGUCAUAAUCAGUUCCGGUAUUACGGAUAUGCGUCUGCGAUCAAUUUGCUGGAUUUUACGAGUGUUGUUGUUCCGGUUACGUUUGCGGAUAAAGGUGUGGAUGUUAAAAAUGAGGGUCAUGCGCCGUUCAGUGAGGUUGAUAGGUUGGUUCAAGCAGAGUAUGAUCCGGAAGCAUACCACGGUGCUCCGGUUGCCGUGCAGGUAAUCGGACGUAGAUUGAGCGAGGAGCGAACAUUGGCGAUCGCUGAAGAGAUUGGACGCCUGCUCGGAAACGUCGUUACUCCUUAAGUCAAGCAUGAUAUAGUGAUUUUAUGUUGGACAUGGGAAUAUGAAUCAUCCUUUAAGAUCAAUUAAUCUGCUGGCGAAUUUCCGUGUUAUAUCCGGUCUCUCAAAAUCAUUAUUCCGAGAUCGGCAUCUUCUGUUCUGAAAUAAUAUUAUUAAAUAAUAAUAAUGUUGGCUUCGUAAGUUGAUGUGAUGUUGUUGAUAAGAGCAAGCGCCCUAGGUCAACAUCGUGAUAGUUGAUCGGUGUGUAUCCGAUUGGCCGAGCAUGCCGAGAGAGCGAUGACCCCUCUUGCCGGGAUUCCAUAGUUAUAUACUUCGUCUCA